UGCCAUCUAACGAUUGAAUAAUCAGUAAUAAUAUUCAGUGAAUAUUAUUCACUUUUCAAAUGAAAUUCUCCUUUUCUUUCAACUGUUAUAAAUUAUGUGUUAUUAAUAGUUAUUGAUAACUAUCCGAUCGAUUAUUGGUAAUACUUGAUCACCAGGUAAUGGCUUAUUUAAGGCCACACACUAUUCAAAAGAUUGAAAAAGCGCUUAAUGAAAUUUCAUAUAGAGAUGCCAUUGAAAACUCGUCAAAAUAUAACAAUCAAUUGGUUGGCGAUCGAAAAACUCGUUUACCUUUUAUUGAUGCUCAAACUGGUGUUGCUCAAAAAGAUUGUUACCUUUGGAUGCAAAAAUGGCAAAGAAUGCCUGGUUUGACUUAUGGUCAACUGUACACAUACCCAGCUAAAAGUUGGAAAAAAAGACGACAUGGCUAUUUGUUGAACCAAAGUUACUUUUGCCGUGAUCGAACCAAUGAAUCCUCUGACAAGAAUGGUGGAGAAUCUCAUAAUAAUGGAUCUGAAACUGUCCAAACAAAGCCUGAGCAGUCAGAGAAUAGUUCUGACAAAUUUGUGGAAAGCUCGAAAGAUGCUUGGUAUUAUGCCGAGUAUGAGGAUAGCAUCGAUUUAUUUGAAGGAGAUUUUGAUGAACCCGCUUCGGACGGUGAUGAUUAUGACGAAUUUACUAUCAAACGAAGAAGAAGACGGAAAGAAACAACUAGACGUAAAAGAGGACAAUCGGACCAGCAAGAUGCUGAUAAACCAUAUGCUUGUGAUCUUUGCGAUGCUCGUUACAAAACUCGACCUGGCUUGACUUAUCAUUAUGCUCAUGGUCAUCAAAAUUCAUCUGAUGGGGACAAGAACUCUAAAAGUGGUACUCCUCUAUCAAAUAUUGAUGAAGAUGAAAAUAAUGAAAAAUCUUGCACUCGUGCCAGAAAUCCAUCAUCCAAUAGUAACAAUUCAAAUCAGCCAAUUCAAGGGUCUACUGCGAAUGAUACUCAAGAACAAUCAUCAUCAAGUAAAGGUGGAAACCCAGCUGCUCCAAGUCCUUAUUGUGAUUUCUGCCUGGGAGACUCUGAAGAAAACAAAAAAAGUAGAUCACGCGAAAAAAUGGUGUCCUGUUCUGAUUGUGGCAGAUCUGCUCAUCCAACAUGUCUUCAAUUUACUGCUCAAAUGAUUCUUGCAGUGCAAAAAUAUCGAUGGCAGUGUAUUGAAUGUAAAUCAUGUGGCUUAUGUGGAACUUCAGACAAUGACGAACAACUUCUUUUUUGUGAUGAUUGCGAUCGUGGGUACCAUAUGUAUUGUCUCACUCCACCUUUAUCAGAGCCUCCAGAGGGAUCAUGGAGCUGUCAUUUGUGUAUUGAAGAAUAUCAAAAGUCAAAAAACAAGACAGAAUCUCCUGAUGCAAGUUCAACAUGAAAAUAGAGAAGAAUGGUUGUGAAUGCCUUAAAUUAAUAUUUCAAGCAACGCCAACACAAUUUUAUUAACAGUGCCAUAUUGAUCCUCUAUUUUUUCUCAAUUGUCACGCUUAUUCAGCCACAUGAACAUACGAAUCUCAGAAAUUUAUCUGCCAACUUCAACGUCAUCUUUGUGAAUACAAUUUCCAAAAUACUCAUCAAAAUCUCAUCAAUGAAACAAUUAUGCUCUUCUUUCCUAAUUAUUUUCUUGUAAUUUAUGUAAAAAUUCAAGUUUGGGCCAUACUUCAUCACCAUCAUCUAACAUGCUUAGCCAAAAAUUCAACUUUUCAACAAUGAACAGUCACUGCAUGAAAUGAAAAUUGGUUUUCAGAAAAAAACCAAACUCUAAUUUUUAUCUUGUUUGAUUAUUUAUAAUUUAUAGCUAAUAAAUUAAUGAACAGAAGUUCAUUAUUUAUUGCUUUUAUACUCACUAUGCCUGUUAAACUCGAGAUAACAGUUUUUAAUUUUAUUUCCUCUCUUAAUUAUUGUGCCACUAAAUUAUAUUGAAAAUAAAAAUUAUUU